CCUCUUUUGCAGCCCCCUUCCGAAGCUGCAGCCUUUCCAAAGCGUUUCGGCACUGAAAUGGAGCCGGAGGGUUGUCCCCAUUCGUCUUUUCAAAUUAAAUGCCAUAUUGACUCAAGACCUGUCUUGGAAACAUGUGGUAAUCUGCAGUGCAUUGAUCCUAUACAAUGUACCCUUCAAGCUGGAAGAAAACCCAAAGCCAAAUUUCAUCUGGCUAAAAAAUAUCCUCUACCAAAACCACAAGUACCACCGAAACCCGUGCAUCUCCAGCUGGCUGGGCAGCAGAAAAUUCCCCCAGCACCAUCUCGGCCUUUGCCAGCAGAUCCCAAGUCAUCGAAAAGUCUCGUGCCUGAAGAAGAAGCAACACAAACAUCGGCAGAUAUCAGUAGACUCAUCAAAAAAUUUGAAAGUAUUAGGCAGCCUGUUCGUGUUCACAGAAACCAUUUAAAUUUAGCUUUCAAAAUGGAACCUGGAAUGGACUUGUCUAAACAGUGUUGCCCCAGCAUUUGUGAUGUGGUGACUACCAGUUCCUCUCCUAUAAACGAAAAUAAAGAGAUUGAUGACCAAGAGAUGGGUAUGUUGUCUAGCACUGAAACGUCUAAUGCAGACAUAAUGAAAAUUAAAGAACUAAAUAUAGACGAUACCACAAGCACUGGAGACUCUAUCGACGUGAGCAUCAGCAAAGUACCUACAGAAGAUCUUGGUCAUAAGGACUCCACUGUGGAGCUGAAUGGCAAUGGCAAAAUUCCAAAUAGAGAUAGUGGCAUUGACAGCCCUUCUUGUAGUGUAGCAGGAGAGACUUUUCUGAACGAGGAUGGCUCAGAACAGAAAAAGACAACUGUGACUAGUAAUCCACCAGAAAUGGAUAAAAAGAGUGUCAUUUUUUCUGCGAGUGCACAAAAGAGAGAUUCUGCUCAGGAUGAAGACAGUGAUAUUGAUGAGGGGAGCAGUGAAGAGCAGGAAACCACAGAGAUUCCAAAGUUAGAGUGUGUGGACAUAAGCAAGUGUUCUGAGCCUCAAAAGCUGUUUAACAUUGCAAAUGAACUUCUUCAUACUGAAGAGGCUUAUGUUAAAAGACUUCAUCUUCUAGAUCAGGUUUUUUGCACUAAAUUGUAUGAUGCAGGGAUUCCACCUGAAGUGGUAACAGGCAUCUUUUCGAAUAUUUCUUCCAUCUAUCGCUUCCAUGAACAAUUUCUCCUGCCUGAGCUCAAAACAAGGAUUACAGAUGAAUGGAAUACAAAUCCACGGCUAGGAGAUAUCCUUCAAAAACUUGCUCCAUUUCUGAAGAUGUAUGGAGAAUAUGUAAAGAAUUUUGACAGAGCAAUGGACAUGGUGAAUACAUGGAUGCAGAGAUCAUCUCAAUUUAAAGAUGUUGUUCAAAAUAUUCAGAAACAAGAAAUAUGUGGAAAUCUAACAUUACAGCAUCAUAUGCUAGAACCUGUACAAAGAAUUCCUCGCUAUGAGCUUCUCUUGAAGGAUUAUCUUAAAAAACUUCCUGAAGAGUCACCAGAUAGGAAAGAUGCUGAAAAAUCCCUGGAACUCAUUUCUACAGCAGCAAACCAUUCAAAUGCAGCCAUCCGAAAGAUGGAAAAGAUGCAUAAGCUGUUGGAAGUAUAUGAACGGCUUGGAGGAGAAGAGGAUAUUGUUAACCCAGCCAAUGAAUUGAUUAAAGAAGGGCAUAUUCAGAAACUGUCAGCAAAGAAUGGCACAGCUCAAGAUAGAUAUCUAUUUCUGUUUAACAGCAUGGUAUUGUACUGUGUACCUAAGCUACGGUUGAUAGGCCAGAAAUUCAGUGUUCGAGAAAAGAUUGAUAUUGCAGGUUUACAGGUUCAAGAAAUUGUCAAGCAAAAUGUGGCUCAUACAUUCUCAGUAACAGGAAAAAAGAGGUCCUUGGAACUCCAAGCAAGGACAGAAGAGGAAAAGAAAGAAUGGAUUCAGGUCUUUCAAGCAACAAUUGAAAAACAUAAACAGAAUAGUGAAACAUUUAGGGCUUUUAAUAAUUCUUUUUCUCAAGAAGAUGAACAUGUCCCAGAUUCAUCGAUAGCAAGCACUAGUUCAGUAGAAUCUAUGCCAGGGACAGAUGGCAGCAGCAGCACAUCUGGAGGGCCCGAGUGUUGCAGGAAAUCUUCCAAAUCAAAGAGAGACAAAGAGAAGCAAGCUUGCAAAAGCUGCAGUGAAAGCUUUAACUCUAUUACCAAAAGACGUCACCAUUGCAAACAAUGUGGGGCAGUUAUCUGUGCAAAGUGCUCUGAGUUUAAGCCACUUGCUGAUAAUAGCCGCCACAACAGGGUGUGUAAAGACUGCUUUCAGCUACAGUCAGCAACCCCAUACACAUUGAGCAAUGAAGCUGCAGGGGAACAAAAGAAAAAGACCGUUACAGAGGUCCAUCCAGUCAACCCAUCAGAUAUCUACAAAGCAGAUGCAGAAGAUUGCAGGCUAUGUAUCAGCUCACAUUAGAAAAAUGAUAAUUUGGCUAUGACAACUUCCCUUCCAAGCAGGACAUAGUUCUCACACUUCUUCAUGCUAAGAUUAAAAACUGGGGAUUAAAGAAGCAUUCAAUAUGCUCUUAAAAAUGAUACUGUUUGCAAGAUCUGUUCCUAUAGUUGGACACUGUAAUACAUAAGUAACUGUUUUCUCUCAUCAUUCAAAAGCUAUUGAUUUUGUUAUGAUAACCAUGUGAAAUUUUUAAUAGAAAAAUAAUUUCAGGUGGGUGGCCAUGUUGAUCUUGCUAUAGAACACAGAAUUCAAGUCCAGUAGCUCCUUACAGACCAAAAAGAAAUUUAGGGAAUAAUCUUUUGAGAGUAUUUGACAAAGGGAGGUUUGACUCUCAAAACGUGGACUCCAAACUUGCUGAUUUAAUAGCAAAAUAUAUUUGAUUAUUUUACUGCACAGCUUUUAAAUUACUGGGAAAACAUUGCUUCCUAGCAUUCCUUAACUUUACAACAUCCCCAGCAUUGUAAACCCAAUUUAGUAUUUAUUUCAGUAAUCUUGGUUUUGAAGAUGGGAUGAAAUCUGUGUGUUAAAUUUACUAAUCAAGAUAUGAUCCAAACAUCAUCCAUUAGUAACUAUUGUAGUGAGUCUUAAACUGGACAGAAUUAUUUUUACAGUUGUGAGCAGUUGGAAAACUUCUGCUCUCACAGUUAUUCUGGUAUCUUACAGUCUCAUCUUUCCAAGUAGCAGGAGAAGUAACCUUAUAUCUAAGGUCUGACAGCGUCAUUGUCCACCCAAAACAGCUAAUCCAUCUUGCAGCCAAACAGUAUUGUAUCUAUUGGCAUUUCUGUAUACCACUAGUUAGAUUUCUACCAAACAUUAUACCAUUUUGCUAGUUUUUGGGAGGCUUUCUGAUUCUGUAUAAGCAAAAGACCAGUUUUGGUGAGUACUUUAAUUCUCUGGUUUACCUUCUAGUAGGCAUUGAAAACACUGUAAGGUGAGGCAUAGGGAGGGACAGAGAUAGAUGCAAAGUUUCAGGUUACAUUCCCCUGCCUCCAGCAAUAAGAAGCUCACUGGUAAUGAUGGGGGGGAAGACAAAGGCUUUGUUACACCUGCUUGAAGUCUGGGUUGCAGAGAACAGAAGGGAGGCUUUGUAGUAAUAAACAGUUCAUCUGCCUUUCACGCAGAAUGGGGGAAUAGAGGCAGAGACUCAAAGGCCUCCACUCCAUAAUACUUCAGCACAUGUGUGCAUACACACACAAUAGGAGAGAGAACAGAUGAAAGAUAACACCGUCUCUCUAUUUUAGAGAGAGCCACUAAUUCAAUAUCAUAUAUAAAAUAGGGAGGUGUCUUCCUCAUAUUACGUCUCUUCUGUGUAAUAUAUAUUCUCUCAACUAGACUAUGAUAUGAGUCAUCAGCUAGGCAGGGAUAAGAAUGUUGGAAGAAACGAGAGUAAGAAGAAAACAUCUGGAUCUGAGAUUUAACUCCUUCCCUGCGCACUUCUUUUUUUGUAAAAACACCACCACAGGAUCUCUACUUCUUUUCAUUUCUUUCUACCAGUGCCCUACACAAGAGUCAGAUUAAGCGAAGACAAACCAUGGUGCUAGGAACAUGGCAUAGUUUGUCUUUGCUUAACUUUGGUUUGUGGGGUGGUGGUGGUGGUGGAAAUAAAUGUCUCCUUCCCCCCCAUAAAACGUUUUCUCUUAAAGUUGCAGCAUUGCACCAUGACUCCUUUUAGUUUUGCUGAAGCAGCUUCCUCAUUAAUUUUCAGUCUCCUCCCAACCUAUUUUAAGUGUAAAAGUAGCUGUGUCAUCUUAAUUGCUGUUCUCAGUUUACACUGCAGGAGAUGAAUUUUUCAGCUAAACAUGCUCCAAAAACUGUAGCACAGCAAUUUGCAUCUAGGUGCUUAAUGUUGAUAGUACAUAAUAAUAAUUAAACCUGUGUGUAUAUAAAGACUUUGGUAAUUACAAUUUUGUGCAUAGGUUAUGCGUGAAUAAAUACUUGAACACAAAUGUAUAAAAAAUGAAUGCCUUCAACAUCUCAGAACGAACAGAAUCUUUUUUUCCCCUUAACAGAAGCAAAGCAUUUUGGGAACAGAGAACAGUCUCUUCAGUAGCCAGUUCCUGUUCCAAGAAAAAGGGAAGGCAUGGAGUAAAGUAUGGCUUACC